UAGGAGCUCAAGUUGCACAACAAGAGAUCAGUGUGCCUGCCUGUUUGACCGUAUGACUUGAUGUGGGAGGAUACCAGUACCACAGGUUGACCCACUUUGGUUAGGAAAGAACAAUACUUUUGGAUUUUUACAAAAGCUGCAUUCAUCUCUUAAUUAUAAUUGAUGAUGGAUUGAAACCCCUUUGCUACGUGAAAUUAGUUUUGUCCAGGUGACAUUACGAGUUAGUCCGGCUGUCUGCUGUUCGUUUUCCCUGCCUUUAAGUGGAAUUACAUCUGUUGUUUUAUUUUUGUUUCGUGGUUGGAAGUGGAAUGGGGAAUCAGUUUGAGAAACUGACUCAUUUAACUUACGCAGAAGUUCCGACAGCAGACCCGACUGGGGUAGAUCAAGAAGACGGUCCGCGGAUAGGGGUGUCUUAUAUAUUUUCUAACGAUGACGAUGAUUUGGAGGAUAGUGUUGUGGGAUCAGCGAAGGACCCGAAUCAGGAAGAGAACUAUGACACAUGCAACGAGCUGGAGUGUUCUGUAUUCUACAGAGAUGAGUGCGUAUACGAGAAAAGCCGCAGCGCUGGAGACCUGAGUACAUAUUCUCCAGAAAAUUUGUUAAACAAGUGCAAACCUGGAGAUUUGGUGGAGUUUGUGGCUAAAAACCAGUACCCCCAUUGGACUGUGUAUGUUGGAGAUUUCCAGGUAGUCCACCUGCACAGAGCUGAGAUCAAGAAUGAUUUUAUGACAGAUGCUAGUCAAGGGAGGAGAUGUAGAAUUGUUAACGAUGUUUACAAAUUCAAACCUCAAAAACCCGAAAUGGUGGUGCAGAAUGCCAUGGAACAGGUCGGGGCAAGAGACAGGGAGCUAAGUUGGAGAAACUCUGAAUGUUUUGCUGCUUGGUGCAAAUUUGGAAAACGGGAGUUCAAAGUUGGAGGGGAGAUCAGGAUUGGCAAACAACCUUACAGCUUAAAAAUACAACUUUCAGAGAAAAAGAGUCACACUUUGGAGUUUCAGAGUAUGGAAGAUUUGAUCAUGGAAAGGAGGAGAAACGAUCAGAUUGGUAAAAACGCUGUGAUCCAGGAGCUAGUCAGCCAUCUACAUUCUGAGGAGGAAGGAAGUGGGACUGAUCACAAUGCACAGUGAUGGAUUAAAAAUGAGGGUUGGGUAAUUGAGCUGUUACCCCUUGGGCCAUGCAGUCGUUUUGUUCAAGGCACAAGUGGAUGGAAAUUCAGAUUAGUUUUGCUUUAUACAUCACUAAUUAUUUAGUUGAUUUUUUCUAACCAAAUGUACUUACUGUUGUGGUACUCUGGCCUCCAA